CCGUAGUCUAACGCUUUCACCUGAAGUUUUAUAGACUGGAAAGGACUUGAAAAGACUUGAAAGAGGGAACAAAAACCCAACCGAGUUAUUUCCUCUUCAGAGCUCAGAGAAGAAUGGCGAAAUCCAGCGCCGACGAUGAGGAUCUGCGGCGGGCCUGCCAGGCGGCGAUCGAGGACACCAAGCAAGAUGUCGUAAUGUCCAUCAGGGUGGCCAAGAGCCGUGGGAUCUGGAGCAAAGCCGGCAAAUUGGGACGCGGUCAUAUGGCCAAGCCUCGUGUUCUAGCCAUUUCGACAAAGGCAAAAGCUCAACAGAUUAAAGCUUUCCUUCAUGUCUUAAAAUAUUCCUCUGGAGGUGUUCUUGAACCAGCAAAAUUAUACAAGCUGAAGCAUCUUUCGAAAGUGGAAGUUGCAACCAAUGAUCCAAGUGGAUGUACUUUUGUACUGGGUUUUGACAACCUUAGAAGCCAGAGUGUAGCCCCACCUCAGUGGACAAUGCGCAAUAUUGAUGACAGGAAUCGUACUCUGCUUUGCAUAUUAAACAUCUGCAAGGAUAUGUUAGGUCGUCUUCCUAAAGUUGUCGGCAUAGAUGUUGUGGAGAUGGCUCUUUGGGCAAAAGAAAAUACACCAGCAGUUACUAAGCAACAAGGAACCCUUCAAGAUGGGCCAGUUAUCGCUUCAGUUGCAGAAGACGACAUGAAAGUGACAGUUGAAAGAGAAUUGGUAUCUCAAGCGGAGGAAGAGGACAUGGAGGCUCUUUUAGGCACUUAUGUCAUGGGCAUUGGUGAAGCAGAGGCAUUUUCUGAGAGGUUGAAGCGAGAGCUUCAGGCUUUAGAAGCAGCAAAUGUGCAUGCAAUUUUGGAGAAUGAGCCUUUAAUAAAUGAGGUAUUACAGGGGCUUGAGGCUGCCACUAACUGUGUCGAUGACAUGGAUGAAUGGUUAAGCAUUUUCAAUGUGAAACUACGCCAUAUGAGAGAGGACAUAGAAUCGAUUGAAACGCGAAAUAACAAGCUGGAAAUGCAGUCAGUAAACAACAAAUCGUUAAUUGAGGAACUUGAUAAACUUCUUGAAAGAUUACGCAUCCCAUCUGAGUACGCAGCAUGUCUUACAGGGGGUUCAUUUGAUGAGGCUCGCAUGCUUCAGAAUAUAGAAGCAUGCGAGUGGCUGGCCAAUGCUUUACAAAACCUUGAAGUUCCCAAGUUGGAUCGUUGCUAUGCAAACAUGAGAGCUGUCAGAGAGAAGCGGGCAGAACUUGACAAGUUAAGAAACACAUUUGUCAAAAGAGCAUCCGAGUUCCUAAGGAACUAUUUUGCUAGUUUGGUGGAUUUUAUGAUAAGCGAUAAGAGUUAUUUCUCUCAGCGUGGACAACUGAAAAGGCCUGAUCAUGCUGAUUUGAGGUACAAGUGCAGGACAUAUGCUCGCCUCUUGCAACACCUGAAGAGUCUAGAUAAGAAUUGCUUGGGCCCAUUAAGGAAAGCUUACUGCAGCUCUCUGAAUUUGCUUUUACGCCGGGAGGCUCGUGAAUUUGCAAAUGAACUCCGUGCGAGUACAAAAGCAUCAAGGAAUCCAACUGUGUGGCUUGAUGGUUCCACUGGCUCGAAUCAAAGUGCAAGUAGUGCAGAUACUUCCACCGUUUCUGAGGCAUAUGCGAAAAUGCUCACCAUUUUUAUUCCACUCCUUGUGGAUGAGAGUUCUUUCUUUGCACACUUCAUGUGCUUUGAAGUUCCAGCUCUUGUUCCGCCUGGAGGUCUUGCCAAUGGCAACAAAACAGUACCCAUUGAUGAUGAUAAUGAUGAUGAUUUGGGCAUCUUGGACAUUGAUGACAAUGAUAAAGCUGGUCAAAAAACUGCAGACCUGCAGGCAUUAAAUGAAUCACUUCAUGAUUUGCUUGAUGGAAUCCAGGAAGAUUUCUAUGCUGUGGUGGACUGGGCAUACAAGAUCGAUCCACUGCGUUGUAUAUCCAUGCAUGGUAUCACGGAACGCUAUAUUUCUGGUCAAAAAGCUGAUGCAGCUGGAUUUGUGCGUCUUUUGCUUGAUGACCUGGAAAACAGAAUUUCUACACAAUUCAGUCGUUUUGUGGAUGAAGCCUGCCACCAGAUCGAAAGAAAUGAACGAAAUGUUCGGCAGGUGGGAGUCUUGUCAUAUAUACCCAGAUUUGCCACUCUUGCAACCCGCAUGGAGCAGUACAUACAAGGACAGUCAAGGGAUUUGGUGGAUCAGGCUUACUCAAAGUUUGUGACAGUAAUGUUUGUGACAUUGGACAAAAUUGCUCAAGCAGAUCCAAAAUAUGCCGAUAUUUUGCUUUUAGAAAAUUAUGCAGCAUUCCAGAACAGUCUGUAUGACCUGGCCAAUGUUGUGCCCACUUUGGCAAAAUUUUAUCACCAAGCAAGUGAAUCUUAUGAACAAGCUUGCACGCGCUUUAUAAGCACAAUUAUAUACUAUCAAUUUGAACGACUUUUCCAGUUUGCUCGCAGAAUAGAGGAUUUAAUGUACACAAUCACACCAGAAGAGAUCCCAUUCCAGCUUGGAUUGUCAAAAAUGGAUCUGCGCAAGGUUGUAAAAUCAAGUCUAUCCGGGGUUGACAAGUCUAUCAGUGCAAUGUAUAAGAGAUUGCAGAAGAAUUUGACCUCAGAGGAACUGUUGCCUUCCUUGUGGGACAAGUGCAAGAAGGAGUUUCUUGACAAGUAUGACAGCUUUGCUCAACUCGUUGCUAAAAUUUAUCCUACCGAGACCAUCCCCGCUGUCUCAGAAAUGAGAGAACUGUUGGCAUCCAUGUGAAGGAGCAGCCAAGUCUUGUAAAGUUCACUAGUUUUUAAUUGUAUCAGUGUCUGUUGUCUUUAUAUUCUUCCUUUCUUAGCUUUAUGGGUCUUCCUUGAUAUUUUGAUUAACCACCUUAGCCGAGUGAAGAUGUUUAGCAUCGUUGAGCUUUCGUGUGGAGUUCAUAGGCAGUACUGCAGAAGGAAAAUUUUACACCAUGGAAAAUCAGACCUGUCUGUUGUAGUAAACUGCACGUUCUGAUUGAUUGUUUGUUAAUGGCUAGUGUAUAUCAAUUCAUUUUAGUUGCUUCA